AUAUACGUGGACACAAACUCACUCUUGUGAUCAGAAGCAGAGAAUGAGCCGGGGAGAGAUUAACCAAGACUAACAAAAGAGAGGUGAAAAGGACUUACUUGAAACUGUUCUGUUAAAAUUUGGUUUCAUCCAAGACGCUGGUCAUCACAUUAGUAGACUAGUUUAGAAUGACAAAGUUUGCCACGCGACGUUACAUCUGCAUUCUCCUGGCUUGGGGUCUCAUCAUGGCGGUGAUGCUUCACUUGUCUGUCAAGAAGACACCGCCGGACAUACCUGUGAUCUACGUCAUCACCCCAACUCAUACGAGACCAACGCAAAAGGCCGACCUGACCCAACUGGGCAAGACCUUGCGCCAGGUCCCGAACCUUCACUGGAUCGUCGUAGAGGACGCCGACUUUAAGUUAAAUUUCUUAUUAAAUUUGCGGAUAUCGUACACUCAUCUGAAUGUCCCCAAACCCGAUUAUUGCAAGUCAGGAUGCGUGGCCAGAGGGAGCGAACAGAGAAACCUCGGCUUGGACUGGCUUCGGCGGAACAGGGGACCCCUUGACUCUGGUGUGGUGUACUUCGGAGAUGAUGAUGACAACACAUACGACCUGGAGCUCUCCGAGGAAAUGCGUUACACAAAGCAUGUGUCGGUGUGGCCAGUGGGGCUGAUAGGCUUCGGUACAAGCGGCCAUUGGUGCGUGACGGGAGAGUAGUGAGCUGGAACACGAGAUGGAAGGAGAUUCUGUACAGACAUGGCAGGC